GGGAUAUGGGUGGAGCGGCCUUCUGUGGAGGAGGGGCAGUGGGCAGGUUCAAGUCUAACGUAGCAAGUGAAAGCCUGGAGAUUUAACUAAAAGACGUCUGUGCUACGAGAAUGCGUGCGUGUGUGUGCCUUUAUCAUUUGUGCUAAGAGAAUGCAUGUGUGUCUCUGUGUUGCAAAGAGGGAGCAGUCUGAUAUACAGACUUACAGCACAGUGGAGAAACCCCCGGUGUAAGAGUCCGUGUUUUCCUCGUACUAGAUGUUGAUGUCAGUGGGGCAAGGCCCUGGCUGUAAGCCUGGACUAGAGAACAGGAUGCACCUGUGGUUAUCAGCUGACAAGCAAUGCACAGAGAUCCAUGGGGACUGGGACCCAACAGGCAGGAGCUUGAGCUGGGCCAGGUUGAGAUUCAGGUGUGUGUGGUUAUGUAGUUGAUUUGAGCUGGAGACGUUUGGAUGAGCAGAUGGUGAAAAUACUCAGCAAGACUUUGCAUGGUCCUGACCCUUGGGACAAAGCCACUUAGGAUUGUGUUUUGAAGGUGCAUAAAAAGAGGAAAGAGAGAGAGAGAAAAAGGUAGACAUGUGCGUGGCUAAUGAAAAGGUGAAAUAAUUCUGUGGAGUGGGUAGGUCACAUGAUAUGCCAGCACAGUGUACCACAGGGAGGUGUCUAAGGCUGUAAGGGAUAGCCCCAUGAAAAUGGGUAAUCAGUGGCCAGAACCGGUUUCAGGUGGCUAUGGGAAGGACACCUAGACUGCAGAGAGUGGAGGAGGAGGACCUGUAGGUAACACCUGUAGGCUUCACUUCACUUAUACUUUAAGGGAUGAGGAAAAGUAGCUUGGAGCACACAGGGCCCCAAGGAAGAGAGUCCCUGAAAGCUGGGGGUCCCUAUGAAGGAAGCGGAAGGAAGGAAGGCAACCGAUGGAGCAAAGGACCAAGAGAAAGAAGGGCAGUGUCUGGAGAAGGCAGGAAGCAGUCAGCAGGAGCAAGGAUCAUGGACUUACACAUGAUUUCUGGUGACAGCAUGAACAUUCACAUGGUGCCUGGUGUCGGUACAUGCCACGGACCUUAACAUGGACAUCAGCAUGUCUCUCUGCCACUACAUGGACCACGGAUACAUCAUUGCCCUCAGCAACAUUACAGGACUCCAGCUGCUGGAGGACCAUGGACCCAGACAUGACUCUCAGUAGCAUCACAGCCCAUGGAUCACAGCUUCAGGAGGACCAUGAACCCAGACAUGGCCCUCAGCAGCAACGUGAACAUGGACAUCACCUUGGUCCCAGGCAGCAGCACAGUCCACUCACAUCAACAUGCCCCUGGUGGCAGAACAGCCCACGGACAUCUGCAUGACCUUUAGUGGUAACACAGGUCAUCAACACACACCUUGGCUGCAGCAGCACCAUGGAUGAUCAGAAGAACCUGAGACGUCAACACAGCCUGGAGCAGCAUACUAUGGAUACCAAGGCGGCUUGGUAAGGGUUCAGGGGGAGCAUGGACCUUAGAGGUCUUUUCAAGAGGUCCAGUCCAGAAAAUGAACCACUCCUCACCUUGGACAUCCUGUCAUGCUGCUCAUAGCUAGGGCAAUCGUGCGGCUGGGCAGAGAGUUCAGGGGCCGAGUGAGAGCACGAGCUCCAGGCUGCUGUGUUCCGCUCGGUCAGCCCUACGAGGGGGGCAACAGCAUGAUCCCCUGUCUGCCACAGGCUUCUUCCACACCUGCCUAUAGCUCCGCCUCUCGCCACUGCCCACUCACUGCUGUGGCCAUCUGUCUUUCCCACCUCGGCAGCACUGGAAACUGUGAUGUGUCACAUCAUAUUGUCCAGACAGAUUUACAUACUGUUGUUCAUUACAACAAGUUGUUGGUCUGCCUUAAGGUAUCUGGUUUCCGAAGCACCAUAAAUACUGGACCAUCACUGAGAUUCCUCUCAGAUACCCUGCUGUUGCCCAGAGUCCGGGUGAUGGUGCAGCUAGGCAGUGCAUCUGGGGGCAGGUUCUAUGAGAGCUCCUGGCUACCACACACCUCCCUGCCCUUGAUGUCUGCCACCCCAAGGAGGCUUGCCAGGCUCAACCUUUGUGCUUGUAGCCUGUGGGCAGUGCUUUUGUCCCAUAUUCUCAGUCUCCCAGUGGGGCAAGCAAUACAGGCUGCAUCUCCAUGCUGGAACCUGGGCUUAGGACCGGUCCUUUUCAGCAAUGACCUGUUUCCGCAGGAGCCCCAAACUGCCACACAUCUCCAGUCAUUAGGGCCGGCAGCGACAUGGCUCAUCAGAAAUGACUUUUGUACGUGCAGCCUGCUGGCUGAGACUUGGCAGCGCAGGGUAUAGAUUUGUCAUUCUCCUUGCAUGUGGCUCUGUUCUUCCAAUUUGGUCAACCCACACUUUAAAGGCGCUA